AUGAUUGGAAUCGCCCUUCUCGGCGCGGGCCUCUUCGCCCAGGAGCAACACCUUCCCGCCAUCCAAUCCAGCAAAACUUUUGAGCUCCGAGCCGUCUACUCGCGCUCCCUCAAGUCGGCCUCGGCCCUGGCCGCAAACACGUCAUCCCCCGACGCGGUGACGACCUACGCAGACGACCACCCGACGCCGUCCCGCUCGCUCGCUGACAUCCUGGCGCGCACCGACGUGAGCGCUGUCAUCAUCUGUCUGCCCAUCCCGGCGCAGCCUGGCGCCAUCCGUCUCGCCCUCGCCGCAGGAAAGCACGUUCUCUCGGAGAAGCCGAUCGCGCCCUCCGUCGCCGACGCCCGCGCCCUCGUGUCCUGGCACCAGUCGCUCGCGCGCGCGCCCGUCUGGCCCGUCGCCGAGACUACGCUUCCAACCGCCGCCGCCGCCUCCACCGUCACCUCCACUGCAGCCGCCGCCCCCGCCGCCGCCAUCACCACCGUAGCUGUGCCCGUGGUGGCCUCCAUAGCCAGCAUCGCCUGCAAAAACGUAACCGCCUGUGUAAUGACCGUGCCUCCCUCCGUAUCGACUGCGCGGCUGACGGCGCCGGUAGCUUGA